AUGGGCAAUGCUCAGUCUCUCAUUCGCACCAGUGGUGCACUGGACUCGUUUGUGGCCGAAUUAGGCGGUGACAUCGUCUACGAGAGAAGUCUUGGAUCUGCUCGAUUUCUUAAGACUGUCAAGUGCCGACAUAAGAGCGGGUAUCUCGUAGUCAAGAUAUUUGUAAAGCCCGAUCCUGGGCUGAGCAUGCGGAAGUACCACCGAAGGCUCAAAGUUGAGCGUGAGGCCUUGGUGGACAUUGCAAAUGUGUACAGUUAUCAGACCUUCGUUGAAACGGACAAGGCUGGGUAUAUCGUGCGACAAUGGAUUGCGAGUAGUCUGUACGAUCGAAUCAGUACCCGCCCAUUCCUCAGUACGAUAGACAAGAAAUGGAUCGCAUUCCAGUUGCUCAAUGCUCUACGUGAUGCACGCAAUCGGAAGGUCUCUCACGGAGACAUCAAAUCGGAGAACAUCUUGGUCACCUCGUGGAACUGGGUGUACCUGUCUGACUUUGCCUCCUAUAAGCCCACGUAUUUACCCCUUGACGACCCCUCCGACUUCUCGUUUUUCUUCGACACGUCUGGCAGACGUACAUGCUAUAUUGCUCCGGAGAGAUUCUAUACCGCUGCGGAUAACCCAGACAUCAGUGCAAAGAAGUCACGUUUAGCCAUGGACGAUGGCGAAGGCAGGCGAGACGGCAGAGUGACCGAGGCUAUGGACUGUUUUAGCGCUGGCUGCGUGAUUGCAGAGCUCUUUCUCGAGGGCGCUCCCCUUUUCACUCUCAGUCAGUUGUUUAAGUACCGUGAAGGAGAGUUCAGUGUCGACGCACAACUGAACGCCAUUGACGAUGAGGGUGUGCGGAAUCUCAUCAAGCAGAUGAUUGCCGUCGAACCGUCAGUCAGACCUACUUUUGACAACCUACUGCACACCUCGCGCGGCACCGUCCUGCCAGAGUCGUUCUAUUCCUUUUUCCACAACUACGUCUCAUCGAUCAAUGAGCUUUCCACCCCGUCACCUUUCGCAGCCCAGCCUGCCCCACCAGUCAAUGUCGUCAAUAUUGUAUCACCAACCACCCCUAGCUCAACCAUAAAGGGGACCGCCACCCCGCUGCCAAGCGACUCGGACCACAGAAUGAACAAGAUAUGGGCUGAUUUCGAAAGUGUGGAACCGUACCUUCUUACUGAGACAGUGGAAGAGACGGUGAUGGAUAUCAAGGUAGAGUACACCCCGACUGCGGAAUCGUCGAAACCGUUUCAGGAUGUCCUUCCGGUUGAGCUGUACAUCCCAAAUCGUGAAAGCAAGCUACGCACCGCCUGGUCUGCGGGACGCCGAGCUGCUGCCGAAGACGGACCCGCCUUGAUUGUCCUUGCACUUGUGUGCGCGAACAUCCGCAACUGCAGCAGACCUAGUUCUAAAAUCCGAGGCUUGGACGUAUUCUUGGCUCUGUCACCUUACCUCACAGAUGAGGCCAAGCUCGACCGCAUGGUCCCGUACAUUGUGGAUCUCCUGCACGAUGAUGCUGCCAUCGUUCGUGCUUCAGCCCUUCGAACUCUCAUGCAAAUCCUGAUGCUCGUCACGGUAAUUACUCCAUCAAACGCUGCCAUAUUCCCCGAAUACAUCAUCCCAGCCGUCGGACACCUUGUUCGUGAUCCAGAGGUCGCUGUCCGUUGUAUGUAUGCACAAUGCAUUGUGUCGUUGGCAGACACCGCUGUGCGGUACUUGGAGAUGGGACAGGCGCUGAAGGCCCACGGUUCGUAUAAGCUAGCACCGGACACUCAAGAGUAUGACGAGGCGCACUUUGAAGUCUCAUAUGAUGCUAGCUUGCAAGAAUUGCACAACAGCAUACAGGAGCACUUGGGAACACUAUUAGUCGACCCAUCAAGUGUUGUCAAGCGGGCCGUUCUCCACAACAUAUCAUCUCUCUGCAUAUUCCUUGGAAGACAGAAUGCCAAUGACGUUCUUCUGAGCCAUAUGAUCACAUACCUGAACGACCGCGAUUGGCUCCUCCGGUAUGCCUUUUAUGACUGUAUAGUUGAUGUUGCAGCUUGCGCUGGGGGACGAAGCCUUGAGGAGUACAUUCUUCCCCUUAUGAUUCAGUCGCUUUCCGACAAGAUGCGAAUAUGGGAGCUUAUGAGUGCUACCCUUGGUUUCCUGUAUCAUCCGGAUAUUUGGAUAAGAGAAGGUAAAAAUCUGUUAGGUGCUGCCGCUUUCAUUGCCUCUGCUGCUAAGCACUUACCACCAAGCGACGUCUGGUGUAUCCUGUAUCCCUCGCUAAAACAUUUCCUGCGUUCUGACGUCCGUGAUGUCGACGAAAGGAGCCUCUUGUUGAUGUUGAAGCAUCCGCUAUCAAGGCAGGUGUUCGAUGCCGCGGUACAAUGGGCCAUGAAGUCCGACAAGUCAUCCUUCUGGCGAAGCCAUCGGAGCUCGAAGCCAGAAUCUCCAAGGGAUAGUCUUGCGACCGUACGGCAGUCGAGCUAUCGUAGUAGAUCAGAAGAAGAUGAGUCACAAAUGACCAAGCUGCAGCAACUGGGUAUGACGCCCACUGAAGAGUCGAAGCUAAUGGCAAUGCGUGACUAUAUAUUAAAGCUGGCACGAAGUAUCUCGAGCUUUGCGAAUCGGAUUAGCGCCGAGAUGGAGACAAAUUCUCUGAAGUCGACGACCGCUAUUGAGCUGCAGAAGCUCGGUGUAGUCCCACAGACCGUCUUCUUGAAGGCGUCACGUUCAAUGUCGACUCGAAGGUCACAUUCGGAUCUAUCCGUAAGAUCUCCAGGCAUAGGCACGCCCCGUUCGGGGAGAACCUUCAGCAUUGAUCACACUACCGGUGCUCCUUUCGAGGACUUGCGGCGGAGACUCGCUAUUAUCAACGGUUCAACAACAUCUCUGACAGUGCAGGGUGCAAGGGAAUUGCGCAGUCCUACAGCUCCUUUUCCAGACCCCGCAAACUUCCCUCCAUCUAGCAUUGUGGAUGUGGUUGGCGCUGUCCCUCGACCUGGUAGCCCCACAGAAUCGAUCGUGUCUAUCACCAACCCGUCUGCCUCACGGCCCAUGCGCAUUGGCAGCGUUGAUGGGCAAAAGGCUGCACCUGCUAUUGGGUCCUCCCGGACCAACGCGACUGGACUGCUCGACGCCCAUAGUCACAGCCGUUCGGAUUCACCAGAACCGUCUGGUCGGACAUCACCUUACUCGCCUGCAGGUACCGUACGUGCGCAGCAACGAUUCCGCCCACCAUCGCUUGCACCGAUUUCUACAUAUGAUGGCCAAGAACCUGGAAUCGGCAGCGUGCUCGAACAGCUAUACUAUGACAACAGUCGUGAGCUGCAGAAUGAUUUCGGCCCUCGUGUACAUGAAGGCCCUGUCAGACGGAGAAACGCAGCGAGACACAGCUUCAUCACUCGAGACACAGGUUCCCGACGUCCCGAGACCACCCUCAUCGCCCACCUCAACUCGCAUGGUGAUGCGGUCACCGGUCUAGCAGUAUCCCCAGACCACAUGUUCUUUGUGUCCGCGUCUGACGACAAGACGGUCAAGGUGUGGGAUACUGCGCGCCUCGAGCGUAACGUCACGAGCAAACCGCGGCACACAUACGGGCAACACCAUGCGCGGGUGAAAUGUGUGUGCAUGCUGGAGGGUGUGCACUGUUUUGCGAGCGCGGCCGACGACGGCAGCCUGCAUAUUGUGCGAGUGCACGUACACGUCAGUCAGAGCGGCAGCUUGCCGAAGUACAGCAAGCUACAGGUAGUCCGCGAACACCGCGUCGAGCAGUCUGGCGAGUACAUCACCAGUAUGGCGCAUCAUAUGACUGACACCUCGUCGAACCUGGUGUACGCAACCACUCAUAGCGUCAUAUCCAUCAUUGACUUGCGCACGAUGCGUCAACUCCAAAGGAUGGAGAAUCCGCGCCACCAUGGACCAAUCACCUGCCUAUGUCUCGACCGCAGGCGUGCGUGGGUCGCGUGCGGCACAUCAACUGGCGUGCUCUCGUUGUGGGAUAUUCGCUUUGGCAUCCUUAUCAAGAGCUGGAAAGUAGGCGCUGCAGGCAAACACAGAACUGCACGGAUCUACCAGUGCGUGGUCCAUCCAGUGAAGGGCAAAGGCAAGUGGAUCAUCGUCGCCUUGGAGGCGAAGAAGCUUGAUCAAGAGCAAGAGGCACAAAGGCUGCUAGAGGUCUGGGACAUUGAGAAGUCUGUGCUGGUAGAGACAUUCGUGACCCGGAUCGCCGCGAAUCCCGCUCAAGAGGUCGCGGAGUUAAGUGCUGCGAGUGUGGACGACGCAGAGACAAGUCCCGCCGCAGCCAUCGCAGCUCUCGUUCGUUCUAGGCAGGAGGGCGGCAGUGCCUCUGACCCCACUCGGCGUGCGCACCCUGGCGCGCCAGGCGCUCCUGAGGGAGCCACUCCCCCUUGCCCGGACAUCCGCGCGAUUGUAGUCGGAACUGAAUUCGGCGGCCACACAACGAUGCGAUCGACCAUGGCUGACCAGCAGAAUGAUGGCACGAAGUCCGGCCGGCCGUCUGGACGGGGCUUCCUCUUAAGCGGGUCGGAGGAUCGCCGUAUACGGUUCUGGGACCUCGGUCGGGCAGAGCGCUCUAGCGUGCUGAGCGGCCUCGAGAACGAAAGCGAGAGACCGACUGCUGUCGAGCCUCUACUCACGUAUAUUGUUUUUCACAGCGCUGUUCAGCCCGCGGCAAGCUCUGCCAUCGCACAAGUGGAAACAUGGACUUCACCCCCAAACUCUGGUCUUAAUAACAGACCACCACAACGAUUGUCCCUCAUCAAUCAUAAUCAGCAGAACCUGUUGAAGGGCCAUCAAGAUACCAUAACCGCGCUUGCAUGCAUUGACUCACCGUUCCGGGGCGGUAUUGCGAGCGGCGAUCGGGCUGGUGUCAUCAAAGUUUGGAGGGUAGAAGGGCUCGACAUGUCGUGA